AUGGCGCACCCAUACACCCCGUCUCAAACCUCCCUGAUCAGCUAUCUGCCAGGUCAACAUCUGCAGGAACAAUCACCGCUCUCUGCCUACUCCCUCCUGGGCACCGGCCAGUACCCGGAGAGCGUCGCGCUGUGGCACAAUCCUCCCACGCAACUCCACCAACCGGGUUUGCCUAUCGCCACGUCGUAUCCGUCGGCUCCGAAACCGCCAUCCCUCCUGCAACCUCUCCCCGACCAGAAGAAACACAAGCGCACCAGAAGCGGCUGCUUCACCUGCCGAUCCCGUCGCAUCAAGUGUGACGAGUCCCGUCCGGUCUGUGACAGAUGCCGCAAGGGGAAUCGCGACUGCGUCUACCCAUCUCCCUCCGCCGGCUCCGCCUCCAAGGUCGCAUCCCGCUCCGGCGUGAAACCCAAAACGCCGCGCUCCCAGUCAUGUGGGAGCGACUCGUCCGGCCAGGUCGAGCAGGAUGAGGUGCGCACCUUGGAGCCCAUUGUGGACGAGGAGGAAGAGGAGGAUGGAGAGGGAAGCGUAGGUUCGAGUACGCGCCUGUCGCCGGGCACCGCGCUUCCAGCGCAACCGACUCGCUCGACCCCGGGGCUGCCUAGGAAACAUAGCGCCCAAUCCCUGCGGAAGACGAAGCGCCCGGCGAGACAGCAGGCGGCCACCACCACCACCACCACGACGGACAACCCCUUGGUUUUCCACAAGGACCCCAGCAGUUCGCCAUCGACGGAGGCGUCGUCCAAGUUUGAGUCCCUGAGUGCGCGGUCGGCAAGUGUCAUCACCGAGCCUUCCAGUCUUCCCAGUACGGCCCACCUCCCGGAAGAUCUACGCUUCUAUCUCUCCUUCCAUCAGGAACAUAUCUCCUAUCGGCAUUAUUUCUUGCGGCCCCCUAGUGACCGAUUUGUCCAUCAGAGCAUCAUCGAAUAUGCCCUACGAUAUGAGCCGUUGCUGUACGCCGUGGUGGGUUUCGCGGCCUAUCACCAUUGCAUCCAGACCAGCAGCGGCAAACUCUACACGUUCCUCAAGUAUUAUAAUACCGCCUUGACACUGUUGCGGAAGUCUUUAGGUUCGAGCGAAGCGCACUGCGAAGCGACCUUGAUCACCGUUCUCGUACUUACCACUUUUGAGGAAUUUAUAGGGGACUGGGUGAAUUUGAUUGACCACCAUCAAGCCGCCCAUGCCUUGAUGCGAGAAUUGCUGACCCCGGAGUCGGCAAGCAUGAAUCAACUCCAUAGUCACAUCUUUCUCUGGUACGCCCGAUUCGACGUGGUCGCUGGGAUCUUGGCCGGUAAUGAGGCGGUCCUAAGUCGCGACUGGUACAUUGCAAAAGAGAAAUAUGAUGCCGAACAAGCUGCCAGUUACCCUGAGGAUGCUGAGAAGCAGCUCGCGUUGGCUGCGUCGAUCAACCGACGGUUCGGUCUAGAAAUGGCUUCGUUGUAUGCCAAGCUUUCCCGUGGGAUGAUCCCCUUCGACGAGUUUAUCGCACAGAACGAACACUUGGAGCAGAACUUGGAACGGGUGAGGCACAUUUUGGAGAAAUUCAAUGAUUCGGAGUAUACUGUUUGGGACUAUCCGAAUAAGAAACCUCUCGGCGAGGAGGACAUCGUGGAUCCUUACGUCCCGGGAGGUCUGCACCACGGCCCUCUGUCGGAUAUCAAUAUCGCCUGGAUCGACUACUAUUCCACCAAGGCUAUGUUCAAGUACCAGUCGUUCUUGUCGGUGAGGCAGUCGUCAUGGGCGGAAUUGGAAAGCUUGGCAAUCGAGCAAUGUCGAUUGAUCGAAUCGAUCGAGCGGUGGCCGGAGAAAGAGCGCGGAUAUAUCUUCGCUUUCAAAAACAGUCUUGGUAUGGCGUGUCUGUUUGCCCCCAAGGACCCGAAGUACGUCAUGUGGGGUCGGAAGAAAUUCGCUCGCAUGGAGCAAAACGGGUACGUGACGCCUCCAAAAUUCCGACAGGCCCUGGCGACGGUGUGGAGCCUGCCCGAAAUCAAUCACUGGUGGCUUCCUCACGACGAAGGCUAUCCGGAUAUCCUGCGAGAAGUACGAGCGAUGACGGAGGAACGAACGAACAACCCGCGAGAUCACUUUCGAGAGAGUGUGCGGGAUAUGAAGACCUUGUUCUGGAAGAUCAGUCUGGAUGAUACGGAGAGUGAAAACAGCCCAUCCUCUACGGGGACGGAAGGAGGGUCGACGAGUGCCAAAUAA